CCACAUAUACUGCAUUGACUCUUUAUAUAAAACCAUCUCCUUCUCUUUCUCCUUUCAUACAUUCACACAGACUCUCAAUUCUCUCUUUUCUCUAAAAUUCUCUAAACUCUCUCCCCAUUUUACCCCUAAAACCCUCAAAUUUCCUUUCUCAAUGUUUAGAACUCUGAACCUCCCCACCGCCGCGCCUCUCUAUUCCUCGCCGGAAACCAGAUUCUCCUCUUCCAAACGGUCAGUCAAGGCCUACGCUGCCACGGCUACCGAGGCGAGGCCGUAUUCCUCGUCGGCGGCGGUGCAUCCGGCGAGUCUGUAUGAGGUGCUUAGAGUGGAGCGAACGGCUUCGUUGACGGAGAUCAAGAUGGCGUACCGGAGCCUGGCCAAGAUGUACCACCCGGACGCCAUGAUCCAACAACACCACCACCAAGACGAAGAAGACAAGCCAGAAAUCGAGUCGGACUCCGAAUCGGACGGCAGAGAUUUCAUAGAGAUUCACAACGCGUACGCGACGCUCUCCGAUCCGGCGGCGCGUGCGCUCUACGAUCUCUCCUUGGGGAACACCACUUCCCAGUUCAGCAACCAGAGGGGACCGUUUGGGUUCGGCGUCGGAUUCGGAUUCUCAGCUCCGAAUCGGACCGGAUUUUACCCGACCCGAAGAUGGGAAACCGAUCAGUGCUGGUAGCCUGAACUAGGAACCGCGUAGGUCCUCAUAGAUAUUUUCUUCUGUUUUUUUUUUUAACCCAAAAAAGAAAAAGAAAAAUUUUUCUUUCUUUUUUUUUUCUCUAAUUUUUGAUUGGGGGAAUUUUUGUUUCUGUCACGGUGACGUGGCAAUGUAGAGAAAAUCUGUAAAUUGUACCACCACCCAAUUUUCGAGUAAAUAUUAUAUAUAUAUGUUAGCAAAUGGAGCUUUACAGUUCAA